GCGAGACCGCUCGGCAAUGGCAGCGCCCGGUCCUGCGAGCGACUACCAUGAGCAGUCAAUGGAAGGCAAGAUCGCGUACAUCUACGAGCGCAUGAAAGACUCACCGUUCCUUGGGCAAUGUCGGAACACGAUGAAGCACGAGCUCAAGAAGCAGCUGAGCGCAAUGGACGCGACCGAUGGCCCAAUCGAGGUCAACCUGAGCUACCUCAUGCAGCGACUUGGCCUUACGCAGGCCAUCAAGAACGCGGUUAUGGAUAUGCACACGCAGGCCAUGAGCCAGCGCCAGGACGCGAGCCCGCACGACAAGCGGCUCUUGAUCCGAGACGACGACCGCAAGGAGCCGCUAGACACGAUCGAAGCCGCCCGUCAGCAGUGGGACACGAGCAUGACGAGCGCGUUCGUCAAGUACUGCGCCGAGGCCGGGCUCCCGUACCUCAAUGAGACCAAGGAUGCGUUGCCCAUCAUCGGAACGCGAUUUCUCUGCACGAGUGACGACUUUCUGCAAGCACUCCAGCGCAUCAAGGCUGUGAACCGCGCAGCCCACAUUGACGCCGACUACUGGUGCACGAUCCAGCCACUGCUGUACACCAAGACGUCGGUCGAGAUGCAGCAGCGCUACGUCGAGCUGGGGCCGACACAUGCGCAGUUUGGCCUCGACGAAGACGUGCCGAACAUCAUUGGCGACUACGUGUACAUUGCCAAUAAGAACAAGAUUGGCGACCGAGUCCUUGGGAACGGAACAGUGCCCAACGCUCGGCAGUACGCCAAGACUGGAUGCCCCAUCAACAUCCGUCCACACGUGUGGCGGCAGGCGCUCAAUGUCGUCGUCAACGCCGAGAAGCAAGCGCAUUUCACGCAGCUCCGAGCUCUCACAACGUCGAGCGUGUAUGCGACCGACGGCAUGUACCUGCUCGACGUUCAGCAGACGACCGACAGCUCCGACUAUUUUCCAUUUGAAGAUCACUUGCGCAGCGUCAUGCUGGCCUUCUCGCGCGACGCGUCGAUUCGGACACAGGCCGCGGCCAGCAUCGAGUCACCAUUGUCGACGACCAUGAGCCACGGCGCGUCGACGGCCGUGCCGCCCUCGGGGGUGCUGCCGCGCAGUGGGCUCGUUAUGUACGCGGCGCCGCUCUGCUACCUCUACGACGACCCGGCGCACGUAUACUUUAUCUUUUGCGAAAUGUACUGUCGGUACUGGUGCCAGCUCCACGUCAUUUCGUCCAAACCCAAUGCAAUUCUGACGCUCUGCAAGACGUUCGAGUCGCUGCUUGUGCGCACGAUCCCGCACGUCGUGCACCAUUUGCUACAGCAUGGGAUCACGCCGCUCGCGAUUGCGUUUCCAUGGAUCCAAAGCGGCUUCUCGGGCAUCCUGGAGAUUGAUCAGGUCCUCUUGCUCUGGGACCGCGUGUUGGGCUAUGAUAGCUUGGAAAUCCUCCCGAUCUUUGCUGCUGCCAUGUUCACGUUUCGCGCCAACGAUUUACUGCUCGUCUUGCGCGCCGACGACGUCCGCGACUUGUUCUCUGAGGCGCUCGAGAUCCAAGUGCUUCCGAUCUUGCAGCAUUUUCUCUUUCCCCUGGACUCGGAAUAACACACUAUUCA